AUGUCAUCUAAUGUCGUCAGUGGCAACACCAGCCAGAUGUCAUCUAAUGUCGUCAGUGGCAUCACCAGCCAGAUGUCAUCUAAUGUCGUCAGUGGCAACACCAGCCAGAUGUCAUCUAAUGUCGUCAGUGGCAACACCAGCCAGAUGUCAUCUAAUGUCGUCAGUGGCAACACCAGCCAGAUGUCAUCUAAUGUCGUCAGUGGCAACACCAGCCAGAUGUCAUCUAAUGUCGUCAGUGGCAACACCAGCCAGAUGUCAUCUAAUGUCGUCAGUGGCAACACCAGCCAGAUGUCAUCUAAUGUCGUCAGUGGCAACACCAGCCAGAUGUCAUCUAAUGUCGUCAGCCAGAUGUCAACACCAGCCAGAUGUCAUCUAAUGUCGUCAGUGGCAACACCAGCCAGAUGUCAUCUAAUGUCGUCAGUGGCAACACCAGCCAGAUGUCAUCUAAUGUCGUCAGUGGCAACACCAGCCAGAUGUCAUCUAAUGUCGUCAGUGGCAACACCAGCCAGAUAA